AUGGAUGAAGGCCCGACCCUACACCAACGUUUCGGCAAGAGCAGAACCCAAUCGACAUCCAACAUAACCCCCGAAUCCAUUGACGAACGAAUCGUGCCCUCCCUAGUAGCCCAAUCAAUGCGCAAACAACAACCAGUCAUAUUCGGCUCCUUCGUCCUCACGGCAUUCAAACGAUGGUUCGGUCUCAACAAAUACCGCGUCCACGUCCCAUGGACAGUAUACGUCGCGCACAAGAUGGGACAAAGCCCAGCCUUCGAUGCCUCAAUCUACUGUCUCAACGCUACAUUCAUGGGUCACUCCCAUACCAAUACCAUGCUGCAGCGCUCCAGCCGUGAGAUGUACAGCAAGGCACUGCGGCUAUUCGGCGACAGGAUCCAUGACCCGGACAAGAUGAAGUCGCGCGAAAGUGUCAGCAUAACCAUUCUCCUCAGCUUGUUCGAGGUUUACGCGCGAACGAAUCCGGACUCGUGGGCCAGGCACGCUGGAGGGACGGCUUUACUGUUGGCGCACCGGGGUCCGAAUGCCCAUCUAACUGGUUUCGAUCGCUGUCUGUACCUAUCCUUUCGCAGCUUCAUUGUCGCCGAGGCUUUCAUCAAUGAAAAGCGGUGCAUCUUUGAACGAGCCGAGUGGCAGGCUCAUAUUGACCAAGUCCGGGCUGAGGAUAUGGCUGAUCCGCGUGUUGAUGGUCCGAUUGCGCUCUUCAUCGAUUUGCAAGAUCGGAUCUUUAUGGUGGUUUCAAAGGUGCCGGGGUUGCUCUUCCAGGCUCGUCGGCUUCAUACUACACCUGAUUGCGAGAAAGCUUCUAAGCGCCUGGUUUUCCAGUCUCUACGCUGCCGUCAGGCUCUUCAUACAUUAUCCGCACAACUACGUGUUGCUGCUGCGGCGCAGAGCUCUUGGGCUGAUACUGCUUUCAGGGACGGUGCCAAGGGGCCCUUCAUUGGACCCAUCCCUUCCACGUUUCCUCAGGAAUUCGCGAAUAGUGUUCUUCGCGGCUCUGAUAUCUGUAUAUCUAUCCUGCAGAUUCUACUGGAGUAUCUUGAUAGAACGGAAUCUCAUCUCAUGAAGAGCAAACUCUCCGAAGACGUUCUGGAAGUCUCAGACCCAUUGUCGUUUCGAAUUGUCUCCAAGCUGGGAGCCGGCAUGAGUGACGAUACCCCGUCUGCUGAUAAAUGGUGUGAUAUGGUGGCUGCAUCAAUGGGGCUUGAAGCAUUUGACAUAGUCACUUGUGCUAGUGAGAGCCCGGACUCAUCUGAUAACCAAGGCUGCUCGGAGCAAUGCAGCCUACAGCGUUAG